AUGGAGAGGGCUGCCCCCGGCUCCACAAUCAACCCCCAUCGGCGUUUACGUCGUCGGCCUGGUAACUUGUCCCUGAGAGUUUCCAUCCGAGGCAUUCCCCUCGAUGCAGCGAGUUCUGUAGCAGACGGUGGUACGAGCGAAUCCUCAGAGUCUUUUGCUACCACCGGCACCGUCAUCAGCCUACCUGGUCUGGAGUGCUACCUGUCUCAAGGUUCAAUGUCGAUUGAGUGUGAGGUAGAUGGCCAAUUCGUCAUCACGCCUUUGCGUCCGACUCGUACCAACAACAAUAGCGCGACCUCAUCGGAUGCAGGCUCUCUGGUGCCCUCUUUGAUCAGUCGUCCUAACCAUUACCCCUCCAACAGAUCACCCCAAGAGUCUAUGCGAGGCCAUCCGCGGUUUGCGGACAGUUCGACGCUUGGCUGGGAAUUAUCUCGCCGACGAUUUGGAUUCCAUGGCGAGCCAUCUCCGGCAUCUCUCCGCUCGCGACGAAUGGAGAUGUUCCAUCGGGACAGUGUGCACGUAGCUGCAGCCCCCCCGAUACAGGUGUUUCCAGAGGUCAGCAGUGUAUCCAGCAGUUCCCAGCGACUCCCCGUAUCCCCGAUAACUCCUCCGCCGCAGUACUCCGGGCUGAUUCACGUUGCCGGGACUGGAAGUUGGACCUCCAGCCCGGAAGAGCAGCAGGCCCUGGAGGCGGCUGCAGAUGACAUAGUUGGUAUGUGGAAUUCUCAUGGUUGA